AUGGAGUGUAGUCGAGGUGGAAUUUAUGGUCUGAUGGUGGUUAUCUUGACCUUGAUGGUGGCGAGUGUUGUUGUUUCCCCUAAUCUAUAUGGCUGCUGGGGAGGGUGCUUCAACCAAUGCUUCAUCGGAAGUCCUAAGGCUCCAUCGGAGAAGUUUACAUGUCAUUUGCAGUGUUUGUGCAGUUGCGUUCCCAAGUCUGGUACUGAUAUCCAAUACUAUUGCCAGAUUGGUUGCGCGUUGAAACGUUGUAUUCCCGUUAUUUAUGAUGGUGCACUAUUGGAGAAAUGCUUCGGGAAGUGUACCGACAUCUGCAAGACCAUUAUCUAA